ACGCAUAUAAAGUAUAAACAAUUGUGUACGGUUAAUUUUGUUUCAAAACUUCUUCCUCCUUCCAAAUUUCAGUGAUACGAGCAGGCUACAAACGUUUCGUGGUUCUGAUCAAAGAAAAAAAAUACAAACGUUUCGUGGUAUGGUUUCUUCAUCUUUAAAGAGUGGAAGAUUGGUGAAAUAACUUUGCUAUUGUGUGUUUGGAUGCAGCAAAGUGGUGAGGCUAUCAACUGCACAGUUGCUUACUGUGAUUUAUCAGAAGCAGAAGUCUGCACUUAGAAGAAUCAAACAAGAACAAGAAGGUUCGUGCUAUCAGGAGAUACCUAACUAAACAUCACUGCACAUCAAGCAAUAGAAGAGCAGGUGCUUUCCAUACUAGUUCAAACAAUUUAAGAACGAAUAGUCAUGGAUGCCACCAUGAAGGAAAUUCAGCAAAAGAUGUUUGAGGUUGAAAUCGAAGCAGAGAAACUUCUUCUUGCUCGACACCAGAUUGUCGAAAAUGAUAGACUGAGAAAUGGUAAUAGAGAAGCCCUAACAGCAUUAAGGAAGAGAGCACGAACGACGAAAACAAGUGUUCCAACUCCUUUUGACUUGAUCAUGAAGGAAAUUGAAGGGCCUGAAUCAAGGCCAUUGGUGAAAGAAGUAUGCCAAACCUGUGGGAAUCAUGAUUCAAAGGAGAAGACGUGGAUGAUGUUCCCUGGGGCAGACGUCUUUGCUUGCGUUCCUUUUCACGCAUGUCACACAAUCUUGGAGAAUGAUCAAACACAACUUGAUAUUGAUUCUAAGAAACUUCAAAGUUAUGUGAAGGAGCAGGCGCUUAUAAUAUCAGAUAAGGGGGCUCUUUCUGACAAGAUUGGUCCUGGAGUUCUUAGAUCACUGGUUUCCUUAACUGACACAAAAAAGUAAAUUCUCUGAAACUUGAGCAGAAUCUAAAGUAAAGCUGUAUUGGGUAAUUUUCGAGUUGACAAUCUAUGUUUGGCAUAUAUACUGGAUAGAUAGCUUAUACUAUGCAUGUCCACUACGGCUCAUCUCUGUUUACGUAACAAUUUCCUUUCU